AUGAGCUCCGGCCUGGUCCCGCGGGACGGGACACGCGACGAGCAAGACCCCAUGCUAGGCGUCAGAUCGUCGUCGGAGACUGAUGUGGAGGAUCGCCUGCUUCCCGACUCAGCCGACUACAGCGAGAAGGGCCACUACCGACGCCAUGCGGGCCACAAGAAGACGUUUCGAUGGAUCAUGGUGCUCACUUGCGUGUCCAUCCUGACACUUAUUCCCUUCAUUUUUGCCCAAUUCUUCAAUGUACAGACGAAGGACCGGCCGGCGGAACCGGCUCACGAUGAGGACAACCAUGAAGAAAGCCCGCCGCCGCCGCCGCCACCACCACCACCACCAUCGGCGGACCCAGUGCCGGAACUGACGACGACGAUAACGCCAACAACCACUUCGUCCCUUGUCCCUACACAAACACCUCAAUUGGAGCUGACGCCUGAUCAGCAGUUCAAUCUGCAGACAGGAUUCCAGGUGUCGAACGUGACGUCGAUGCGGGAGUAUGUGUUCAACAUCACGCGACAGCAGCACUCACCCGACGGAUUUGAGAAGUCAAUGAUCCUCGUCAACGGACAAUCUCCCGGCCCUCUCAUUGAGGCAAACACGGGAGACACCAUCCGUGUCACGGUGCACAACCAGAUGUUGAAGGAGAGUACCACGAUUCACUGGCACGGCAUUGACCAGAGAAAGUCGGUCUGGAUGGACGGUGUCUUUGGCGUCAGCCAGUGUGCCAUUCCUGCCGGCGAGAGCUUUACUUACGAAUUCAAUGUCACUGACCAGCGGGGCACGUUCUGGUGGCACGCUCAUGUUUCAGUCCAAGUCACUGACGGACUCUUUGGGCCAUUGAUCAUCCAUGACCCGGAUGAAAAGAUCCCCCCUGUCGAUGAUGACAAGAUCGUGAUGCUCCUCACUCAGUACCUAAGCGCCAAUCCACCUUGGGCCCCUAAGAAGCCCGGCAGGGAGCCUCCUCCUGACAAUGUCAUCAUCAACGGCAAGAACACGUUUAACUGCUCCAGUAUUGAAGGCCAUGAUGCAAACAAGGCCAAGUCAGGCGAGGACCACAACGGCCAUAACAUGGAGAACAUGGGAAGCCACAACACGCCGAGAGAUGGUGCGCCUCCUCCCAAGUGCACAUGGGGUUCCCUCUUCAAUACGCGGGUUAAGAGCGGCUCAACAGCUCGUCUGCGUCUCAUCAACCACGGCACAUCCACCCCGAUUUUUGUCACGGUUGACGAUCACCCUCUGCAAAUCGUCGAGAUUGACGGCGUCGAGGUUGCUCCGAUCGCCACAUCCCGUGUGUACAUGAACCCCGGUCAACGCUACUCCGUCCUCGUCCAUGCCAACCAGACUGCCGGAAACUACCUGAUUCGUGCCGACGCUGCGGUUCGGUGCUUCCAUAUGUCUCACAAGAACCAUAAGGCGGGCAUGAUGCACGGCACACCUUUCGGGGCCACCGCGAUCCUAUCGUAUGACGAGACGGACCUUGGCGUUCCGCCGAUUGGCAAGGCGUGGGAUCUUAACGCCAACUCUAACCCUGGUGUAGGCAAGGAGCCGUGGGGAGACAGGUGCGAGGACUUGCCGCACAACCUUCCCAAACCUGUUAGAAGCAGGCCGGCCUACGACGUUGGCGACAGGAACUAUCAUUACUUCACGUUCAAGCAGGAGCGCGUCAACGAUGUCGUUCGCACACAUGUCAAUGAUACUCUGUAUACACCUUUGACCGACGAUGCCUCGCUAUGGAAGGUCAUGCAGCAGGACAUUACACCAGAGAACCUGAACUCGCCUCGGCCGAAACUAGACUUCGGAAAGGAUCAAUUCGUCUUGGUGUCCCGGGAUGACAAAGCUGCCCAAAUUGUAGUUAACUCAGACGCUAUGAUGAUAGGCCAGAACUUCCAAGUCAUUGGUUGGGGCAACGGCCUGUUCGGAGCCAGCAAGACUACAUGGAACUUUGACAACCCAAUGCGCCCUGGUAUGUUUGUGUCCAUUGCUCAGCGAAUGGGCGAGCUCGCGAGCAUGUUGGGCACAUUGGACGCCAACGGUGAUGCCGGUGCCAUCAAGAAGAAAUUCUGCCCCAUGGCCAAGGCACAAUCUGGUGCUCCUCUCGCACAGCCCGUUAAGACUGGGGCACCUAAACCGCCUCGGACCCUUUGA